UGGAAUGAACGAGAUUUGCCAAGGUAAUCAAGUCUUUUUCUACUUUACUUCCUCACAUGUCUUUCUAGUGGCUGUACAACUACCAAAAAUCCUAAUGCUGGAUCCCUUUUUCAUAAAAAGUAAGUCAUUCAACAAUGAAUGACACUAACAUUCCAUAUAGACCAAAAACCAUUGUAUCUAAACUAGGUCACAUUGAGUUGACUCCAGCCGAAGAAAGAAAGAGACAAAUCAGAGCCAGGCGAUUCCAAAAUGAUAACUUACCAUCACCUCCUCCACCCAAGAAACAAAAGAAAGCUAUUACACCUAUUGUUUGGAAUGAAACAGACCCUAACCAGGUUAUUGUUGGCACUAGUUCUAGUCUAGAAAAGCCUUAUUUUCGUCUCACUUCAGCUGCUGAUCCUGCGACUGUUCGUCCCUUGAACAUCUUGAAAAAGACAUACAAGAUGCUUCGUUCAAAAUGGAAGGCAGAAGCCAAUUAUUCUUAUAUUUGUGAACAAUUCAAGUCCAUGAGACAAGAUUUAACUGUUCAGAGAAUACAGAAUGAGUUCACCGUCAUUGUCUAUGAGACACAUGCUCGUAUUGCACUUGAAAAGGGUGAUAUUGGCGAAUACAAUCAAUGUCAAACACAAUUGAAGUAUUUAUAUGAGCAACAUAUACUUGGAUGUGAAGACGAAUUCUUAGCUUAUCGUAUCUUGUACUUGAUAUUCUCUCAAAAUCAAUCAGACAUCAAUGCCAUGUUGGAAGAGAUGUGUAAUGUUGGAUUAAAAAAGCAUGCAAGCUGUGUUCAACAUGCACUCAUGGUAAGAACUUCAUUGGCCAAGGGAAAUUACCAUAAAUUCUUUCAGCUAUACCAAGAAGCGCCUAAUAUGGGUGGGUAUUUGCUGGAUCAAUUUGUUGGUAGAGUCAGAAUAGAAGCAUUGCUUGUCAUGUGUAAAGCUUACAAGAUGGGUGUGUCACUUAGUUAUGUUGCUAAAUCACUCUGCUUUAAGGACAUAAAACAACUGGUUCAAUUCUUGAAACAACAUCAUGUUCGAGUAUUGCCUAACAAAGACAAUAUGCUUGAUACCAAAUCUGCUUUGCCUAUCUUGUUGGCUGAGAGUAAGAACUACAAUAAAGUCGACAUCAAGGGACAAAUUUAAAUCAGUCACAUAUAAAACUCGAUA